GGGGAGGGGGGGGGGGGCACGGGACGGGGGGGUGAGGCUGUCCCUAGGAGGGGGGGGAGGAAGAGGAAGGGCCUGUUUCCUCCUGCGUGGCCCCCCCCGGACCCGCCUGGAUGCGUCAGGGCGGGAAGUGGCCGGAGGAGUGACCGCGGGGACGGAGCGGGUGGGGGGCACCGCGGGCUGCACCCCCCCAUCAGGCAGCCCACCCCCCUGCCGGCACCAUGGCCCCCCGCUCGCUGCUGGCCCUCGCCUCGCUGCUGGCACUCGUCCCCAGCGCCACCCCGGGGUCCUCGUGGAGCGCCGUGCCCCGAAAAACCGUCCCCUACGCGGAGCUGAAGGACGCGGCCAAGCGCUUCUCGCGGGGGGGGGUCUCGCACUACCUGACGCUGACGCUGGAUGAGGCCGAGGCCCUGCUCUACGUGGGGGCCCGCGAGGCCGUCUUCGCCCUGGCCACCGGCACCGUGGAGCUGAAGGCGGCGAUCUCCUGGGAGGCCCCCGUGGAGAAGAAAGCCGAGUGCAUCCAGAAGGGCAAAAACAACCAGACCGACUGCUUCAACUACGUGCGCUUCCUGCAGAGCUACAACAGCUCCCACCUGUACGCCUGCGGCACCUACGCCUUCCAGCCCAAGUGCACCUACAUCGAGCUGUCCGGCUUCACCCUGGACCAAGUGGCUUUCGAGGACGGCAAGGGCAAGUGCCCGUACGACCCCACCAAGGGACACACCGGCCUCAUCGUGGACGGCGAGCUGUACUCGGCCACCUUCAACAACUUCCUGGGCACGGAGCCCGUCAUCCUCCGCAACCUGGGCCCGCACUACUCCAUGAAGACGGAGUACCUCACCUCCUGGCUCAACGAGCCCCACUUCGUGGCCUCGGCGUACGUGCAGGAGAGCGCAGCCAGCAGCACAGGGGACGACGACAAGGUUUAUUUCUUCUUCAGCGAGCGGGCGGUGGAGUACGACUGCUACGCGGAGCAGGUGGUGGCCCGCGUGGCGAGGGUCUGCAAGGGGGAUGUCGGCGGUGCCCGCACGCUGCAGAAGAAGUGGACGACCUUCCUCAAGGCUCGCCUGGUGUGCUCGGCGCCCGAGCAGCAGCUCCACUUCAACCGCCUCCAGGCUGUCUUCACCCUGCCCGGGGCCGACUGGCAGGACACGACGUUUUUUGGGGUCUUCCAGGCCCGCUGGGGGGACGUGGACGUCUCGGCUAUCUGCCGGUACCACAUCCUGGAGGUGAAGAAGGCGUUCGAGGGGCCCUACAAGGAGUACCGGGAGCAGGCGCAGAAGUGGGGCCGCUACUCGGACGAGGUGCCGAGCCCCCGUCCCGGGGCGUGCAUCACCGACUGGCACCGCCAGAACGGCUUCGCCAGCUCCCUGGAGCUGCCCGACAACACCCUCAACUUCGCCAAGAAGCACCCGCUGAUGGACGAGCCCAUCCUGCCCCACCGCGGGCGCCCGCUGCUGCUCAAGAAGGACGCCAACUUCACCCAGCUGGUGGUGGACCGGGUGUCGGGGCUGGACGGCACCAUCUACGAGGUGCUCUUCAUCGGCACAGGUGACGGCUGGGUGCACAAGGCGCUGAACCUGGGCGCUCACGUCCACCUGGUCGAGGAGCUGCAGGUUUUCGAGCCGGCGCAGCCCGUGGAGAGCCUGGUGCUGGCGGGUCGGAAGAAGCUGCUCUUCGCCGGCUCGCGCUUCCAGGUGGCCCAGCUGCCGCUGGCCGACUGCAGCCGCUACCAGUCCUGCACGGACUGCGUCCUCGCCCGGGACCCGUACUGCGCCUGGAGCCGCAACGCCAGCCUCUGCGUCCGCACCGAGGGCCUCAACGGGUCCCAGCUGGUCCAGGACGUGCUGAGCUCUGACACCCGCGCAUGCACCCUGCCGCAGGUGGCCAAGCAAGGGCCCAUCAUCCCCAAAAACGUGACGGUGGUGGCGGGCACCGACCUGGUGCUGACGUGCCGCCUGGGCUCCAACCUGGCGCAGGCGCUGUGGACCUUCGAGGGGCGAGCGCUGGCGGCCGAGCAGGCGCUGGUGCUGCACGACGCCCGCCUGCGGGCGCUGGUGGUGCCGGGGGCCGGGGCGCAGCACAGCGGCACGUACCGCUGCUACUCGGAGGAGCAGGGCGCCCGGCUGGGCAGCGAGGUGUACCGGGUGGCGGUGCUGGCCGGCCCGGGGGUGCCGCUGGAGACGCGGGCGCCGCUGGAGAGCCUGGGGCUGGUGUGGGUGGUGGCGGUGUGCCUGGGCGCCCUGUGCCUGGUGCUGGUGCUGGUGGUGUUCUCGCUCUGGCGGCGGCUGCGGGAGGAGCUGGGCAAAGGUGCCAAAGCCAUCGAGAGCACCCUGGUGUACCCCAUCGAGCUGCCCAAGGAGCCCCCCAGCCCGCGCUUCGUGCCCAGCGCCGCCUCCGACUCGGACGAGAAGCUCUGGGACCCGGCCAGCUACUACUACUCGGACGGCUCGCUCAAGAUCGUGCCGGGCCACGCCGUCUGCCGCAACGGCGGCCCCCCGGGUGCCACCUCACCACCCAGCGCCAUCCCCGGGCAGCCCCUGCACUCGCCCACCCGCAUCCACCUGGGUCCCCUGCGCGGUUCCUCCUCCAACGGCUACAUCCGCCUGGCGCUGGGUGCCGAGGAGCGGCCGCCCUGCGCCGACCUGGCCGAGGAGCUGCGGCGCAAACUGCAGCAGCGCCAGCCCCUGCCCGACUCCAACCCCGAGGAGUCGUCGGUCUGAGCCGCCACCGUGCAGCCGAACCUACCUCAGGGCCCGGCACCCGCCGCCAGGACGCCGGCGCCCGCCGCGGGGAUCGCCGCCCCGCUGCCAGCACCCGCCUUGGGGCUGCAGCACGGGGAAACGGCACCCGGCUCGGGACCGCGGCACGGGCACCGGCAGCCACCUGGGCACCGCGUCCUGCCUGCCUCGGGUGACACCGCUGGGGCUCGGCUGUCCCCGUGUCACCACCUCCACCGUCGGUACUGCGCCCUGGGCGCUGCGUCUGGCUUUGGGAACCGCGACCCGGGCACCGGGACAAGGCUUGGGGACCGGGACCCGUUUUGGGGACCGUGUCCUAGGCACCAGGACAAGGCUUGGGGACUGCGUCCCAGGCAUUGGGACAGGGCUUGGGGACCGCGCCCCGCCUUGGGGACAGUGUCCUGUGCCCAGGGACAGGGCUUGGGGACGGUCGCCCAUUUUGGGGACCGUGUCCUAGGCACCGGGACAAGGCUUGGGGACCGUGUCCCGGGCUCUGGAGCCUGCUUGGGGCCCCGUGGCACAGCGGGGGCCACGUCCAGGGCCUUGGGACCAUUUUUGGGGACGGUGACCCGCCUUGGGGGCCGUGCCCCGUGUCCCCCCCCCCCACCGUGUCCCACCGCGGGCCCUUUUCGGCCGCCUCCACGAGGACUUUUCGGGUUUUUUUCCUUCCUGAGAACUUUUCUAUCCGCCCCCUCCCGGGGGGGCCCGGCUGUAAAUACCCCCCCCCCCCCCCGC